AUGGCCCUGCUGCUGUGCCUGGGCCUGACAGCAGCGCUGGCCCGCGGCUGCUUGCACUGCCACGGUAACUUCUCGGAUAAGUUUUCCUUCUACCGCCAUCACGUGAACCUCAAGUCCUGGUGGGUGGGCGACAUCCCCGUGUCGGGCUCGCUGCUCAGCGACUGGAGCCAGGACACAAUGAAGGAGCUGCACCUGGCCAUCCCCGCGGAGAUCACCCGGGAGAAGCUGAACCAAGUGGCGGCCGCCGUGUACCAGAGGAUGGAUCAACUGUACCAGGGAAAGAUGUACUUCCCGGGGUAUUUCCCCAAUGAGCUGCGAGCUAUCUUCCGGGAGCAAGUUCACCUCAUCCAGAAUGCCAUCAUCGAAAGCCGCAUCGACUGUCAGCGUCACUGUGGCAUCUUCCAGUACGAGACUAUCUCCUGCACCAACUGCACGGAUUCGCAUGUCGUCUGCUUUGGCUACAACUGCGAGUCGUCAGCACAGUGGGAGACAGCAGUGCAGGGCCUCCUCCAGUACAUAAAUAAGUGGCACAAGGAGGACAAGGCAGGGCAGGGGAGGAAGGACUGGGGCGCCCCAUCUCCUUGCAGCUUGAUAUCACCAAGCUUCACGUGUCUGGAGCCCCCACACCUGGCCAACCUGACUCUGGAAAACGCCUCCGAGUGUCUGAUGCAGCACUGA